CCCAUGAGGCUGUGCUGCCGCCGAGCGCCUGAGCCGGAAAGAGGUUUUGUGGAGAGGAAAAGCCCAUAAAGGAUUGUGGGAAGGCGGACUCUUCCUUUCCGGUUUGAGGCAGCCAUCUGGCAGGGUAAGCGCGCUCCAGCAUGGGGGCCUACAAGUACAUCCAGGAGCUAUGGAGGAAGAAGCAGUCGGACGUCAUGCGGUUCCUGCUGCGCGUGCGCUGCUGGCAGUACCGCCAGCUGUCCGCCCUGCACCGGGCGCCCCGGCCCACCCGGCCGGACAAGGCCCGCCGGCUGGGCUACAAGGCCAAGCAAGGUUACGUCAUCUACCGCAUUCGCGUCCGCCGCGGCGGCCGCAAGCGCCCGGUGCCCAAGGGAGCGACCUACGGAAAGCCCGUGCAUCACGGCGUCAACCAGCUGAAGUUUGCCCGCAGCCUGCAGUCCGUGGCCGAAGAGCGUGCUGGCCGCCACUGUGGGGCCCUGAGAGUCUUGAACUCCUACUGGGUGGGUGAAGACUCAACCUACAAAUUCUUUGAGGUUAUUCUCAUCGAUCCGUUCCAUAAAGCCAUCAGACGAAACCCCGACACCCAAUGGAUCACCAGGCCAGUGCACAAACACAGAGAGAUGCGGGGGCUUACCUCAGCUGGCCGGAAGAGCCGGGGUCUUGGAAAGGGUCACAAGUUCCACCAUACCAUUGGAGGGUCUCGUCGUGCAGCUUGGAGAAGGCGCAAUACUCUCCAACUUCAUCGAUACCGCUAAUUGGUGUCCAUUCAUUUGUAAACUUAAUGUUUAAUAAAUGGAAUUUGGGA